CUCUCUCUCUCUGCCAGAUCUCGUUUCCUUCUUCCGAUUCACUCUCCGGCAUUCUCCAUUUUCCGAUCAGAUUGCCGAUUAGGUUUUCCUUUUCCGAUCAUCUAUAUCAUCGCCGAUCUCAUCAUAACCACUCCUAUUCGUUAAUUGAAGGAUGUGCAGUGGUCCUGACAAAUCAAAAUCUCGUUCAACUUCUUCAUCUUCAUCUGCGGAAGAAGGUUCAAAUAACAUCAAAGACAUGAAAAAUCUAACAGUUCAUACCGAUGAUUCUUUUUCCAAUCUGCUUGAACUUGCUUCUAACAAUGAUUUUGAAGAAUUUAAGGUAGCUAUAGCCAGCAAUGUCUCUUUAAUAAAUGAAGUUGGCUUCUGGUAUGUCCGUCAAAAGGGGUCUAAACAAAUUGUUCUUGAGCACAGAACCCCUUUAAUGGUGGCUGCAUCCUAUGGAAGUGUUGAUAUUCUUAAGCUUGUACUCUCAUGUCCAGAGGCUGAUGUAAAUUUUGCUUGCGGUAAUGAUAAAAGCACUGCUCUUCACUGUGCUGCUUCAGGUGGUUCGGUUAAUGCAGUUGAUGCUGUUAAACUGCUUUUAUCCGCUGGUGCAAAUAUCAACUGUGUGGAUGCUAAUGGAGACCGUCCAGUUGAUGUUAUUGUUGUUCCACCUAAGCCUGGAGGUGUGAAAACAAUUCUUGAAGAACUACUUGCAGAUAGUGAUUCUGACAGCUCUGUAGAUGGUUGUUCUCUUCCAUUAUCUGUUAAUUCAUCAAGUCCUCGUUCAGCUGCCCCCUUAUCAUCAACUGAAAAUGGGUCUCCAUCCUCUCCUAUGGCUCCAAAGUUUACUGACGCAGCUGUUAACUCUGCCUCUGAAAAGAAAGAAUAUCCAAUUGAUCCGUCACUUCCUGAUAUAAAAAACAGCAUAUAUGCCACAGAUGAAUUUCGUAUGUUUUCAUUCAAGGUUCGCCCUUGUUCCCGUGCAUACUCUCAUGAUUGGACUGAGUGUCCUUUUGUUCAUCCUGGAGAGAAUGCUAGAAGGAGAGACCCCAGAAAGUUUCAUUACAGCUGUGUGCCAUGCCCUGAUUUUAGAAAAGGGGCUUGCAGACGUGGAGAUAUGUGUGAAUAUGCCCAUGGAGUAUUCGAGUGCUGGCUACACCCUGCUCAGUAUCGGACAAGGCUCUGCAAAGAUGGUACUAGUUGUAAUCGAAGGGUGUGUUUUUUCGCUCACUUACCUGAAGAGCUGCGUCCCUUGUACGUGUCCACUGGAUCUGCUGUUCCUUCACCCCGGUCAGCAGCAUCUGCUCCUAAUGUCAUGGACAUGGCUGCUGCUAUGAGCCUUUUUCCUGGUUCACCAUCAUCAAUGUCUCCCAUGUCUCCAUCUCCCUUUGCACAGCCGAUAUCUCCAUCUGCAAAUGGCAUGUCUCACUCAAACAAUCCUUGGCCACAGCCAAAUGUGCCAGCACUUCACUUACCUGGAAGCAAUAUUCAAACUAGUCGUUUGAGAUCUUCUCUUUGUGCCCGAGAUAUGCCACUUGAAGACUUCAACAAUAUGAUGCAAGACUUCGAUGGUCAGCAGCACAUACUAAAUGACAUGAGCUGUUUCUCACAGCCCCGUCCUGGUGCCAUAUCAGUGAGCCGAUCCGGUCGGUCUAAAACACUAACUCCAUCAAAUCUUGAGGAUCUAUUUUCUGCUGAAGUUUCUUCAUCUCCUCGGUAUUCCGACCCAGCAGCUGCUUCUGUAUUUUCUCCAACACACAAAUCAGCUGUCUUCAACCAGUUUCAACAGCUCCAAAGUUCACUAUCACCCAUAAAUACAAAUGUUAUGUCACCUAAGAAUGUUGAGCAUCCUCUAUUCCACCAGGCUCCAUAUGGUGUCUCUUCUCCUGGAAGGAUGUCACCAAGAAGCAUGGAUCCCCUCUCUCCAAUGAAUUCUCGAUUGUCUGCAUUUGCUCAGCGGGAGAAGCAGCAGCAACAGAUGCGGAGCCUCAGUUCAAGAGAACUCGGCGCUAACAACCCCGUCUCGGCUGUCGGGUCUCCAGUCAACUCCUGGUCUAAGUGGGGAUCCCCUACCGGAAAAGCCGAUUGGUCAGUAAAUGGAAAUGACUUUGGUCGAUCUCAAAGAUCCACACCUUUUGAACAUGGAAACAACGGAGAAGAGCCUGAUCUAUCAUGGGUCCAAUCCCUCGUCAAGGAAUCUCCACCUGAGAUAAAAGAGAAGCGUGCAGUUUCUGGCCCUAUUCCAUCUGCUGAACUGAAUUCCAAUCCUCAAGUAGAGUCUACUGAUCAUUCGGUUUUAGGAGCUUGGCUGGAGCAAAUGCAGCUGGACCAACUUGUGGUCUAGCAAUAUUGACCCUUUUGCUACAUAUUUGCUGUGAUAGAUAUUUAAUUUAAUUUCUUCAGGUACACAUUCUUUUGGUGAAUUUGAGCCCCGGAAGCAUCGAAAGAUGGUGGCUGCGAAGUUCCCGGAGGAUAAUCGUAUUUUUUAUUCCCUUUAAUUUUUGUCAUUCAUUAUUUUAUAUUUUACCUUGAAGUUCAAGGGAGUUUGAUAAAGAACUCUUUCUCUCUUGGGAUGUUAAUGUUAUUAUUAUCCAGUAGAAAAGAAAAGAAACUCCUGUAGAGGUAUAGGUAUUGUUCCAAAACAGGAUUCUUUUUUCUCAUUUUACUACUACUCCAACCCUCUUUUAAAGAAAGCUGAAUGGUUUUUAUUAAGCAAAAGAACCAACAGCUUCAUUUGUUUAUAAGUUCCUUUUUCUGCCGUGUUUAAGAUUCUGUCAGUAAAUUUAUGUUGCAUAUGUAGGAAGUUGAGAACUGAGUUUCUUAUGGAGGAAUUAGACAGAGGUGUUAUGAGCUAUUGAAUAUUUAUUGCAAACAGAUAUUUUAGAAUACAGUGAAGAUUACUUUGUUCUUGUUCUUGUGCUGUAA